GCUUCUUUCAAUGCUCUGGAAUGCUGCUAGCAACGACGUCGGAGUCCACGUGUCGUGCACUCAGUCCUACUGCGAUGGCUCCCGCCUUGUCGGAGGUCCAUCCCUCGACGAGAUCGGGCACCUUGGUGCCGACGAGCUGAGCGCGAAGAUGUCGAAGCUCGGAGCGGGACUCGGGAUCGGAGUCGGCUACGGGAAGGACGGAGGCAGGGGAGUGACCUCGGGCAACGGCUGGGACAGCCACGGGUCGGUUACUUGCCACAGCUACGGAUGCCAGGCGAACUUUGCGAAGAGCGGGCGCGGGGGGAUGGUGGCAGCGUUCAAGUAAAGGAAGAUGCUGCGAGUGGCUUUCGUGUUAACGAUCUAGAGCAGAGCGUGAUCGUCGUUCUAUUUGAAUAAACUAUUACAGAUCAGCCCCA